AUAUUUUGCUUACCACGUAUUCAUGAUUUUUAUUUCUAACCUUCAAAUAUCAAUAUUGUAGUGUGUACCAAAACAACAAAUUUUUCUCUUUAAGUUCUAGUUCAAAUUUUUCAGUGUAUUCGGAUUUUCAUCCAAGAUGAGAACUAUCAACGCCAAUCAGUCUGUUAAAAUUCCUGACGGUAUUGAUGUAACAGUUAAUAGAAGAAUUAUUACAGUUAAAGGACCUCGAGGAACAUUAGAAAGAAAUUUUAAACAUUUGGCAGUAGAUAUAUAUCUUAAAAAUCCAAAGCUUUUGACUGUAGAAAAAUGGUUUGGAACAAAAAAAGAAUUGGCUGCUGUUAGAACCAUUUGCACACAUGUUGAAAAUAUGAUCAAGGGUGUUACUAAAGGUUUCCUCUAUAAAAUGAGAGCUGUAUAUGCCCAUUUUCCUAUCAAUUGUGUUACAUCUGAAAAUAAUUCUCUUAUCGAAAUAAGAAAUUUCUUGGGUGAAAAAUAUAUUAGACGUGUUAAGAUGUCGCCAGGUGUAACAGUCACUAAUUCAAAACAAAAAGAUGAAUUGAUUGUUGAAGGAAAUGAUAUUGAAAAAGUUUCCAGAUCAGCUGCACUUAUUCAACAAUCAACAACUGUAAAAAAUAAAGAUAUCCGUAAAUUCUUGGAUGGUUUAUAUGUAUCAGAAAAGACGACAGUUGUUCAAGAAGAAUAAAAACUUCAAUAUAUUUUAAA